AAGAAGGUGGAUGUACGGUCACUGCAUUAUUAAUCUGAUAAUGAAGUUGGCGGUCCAUUAAAAUCCCAUGCAUAAAUCCAUGCACUAACGUAGUUUUAUCAUGCAAUUAUGGAAAAUUUGUUUCUUUUUAUGUGAAAAUUUCUCUCGGCUUCUCUCUCUCUCUCUGUCUCUCUCUGCCUUCUUUGAUCUCCAUUUCUUGAACCAGUAAAUUCCAUGCUUUACAUCUCUCUAGCUCUGCUUCUCCUUCCCGUGAUCGUAAGAUAAGUCCAUUUUCUUCACUUCCUCAAUCUCUCCUCGCUUCUCGUUUCUUGUAAUUUUCUUUAAUUUUGUUUUCUUAUGAUUAAUUCAUGAUUAUUUUAGGUUAUUGUAAAAUUAUCAGAUUGGAUUCAAAUUCUUUGGAUGUUUAUAACUAUUAAAUUUCAAAUCCAGAUUAAUUAUAAAUUACAUUUUUUGGGAGCAAAUCUUUGAUUUUUUUCUGAGGGGAGAUUGAAUUAUCGUAAAAUUUUGAGGAUUUAGAUCGUUGAUUGAUUUGGAAGAGUGCAUUCGGGGCAGAAGGGAUGCAAAUUAGGGUUUGUGAACGAUUGUUGUUAUUUGGAGCCAAAUUGCGAAUUUUGCUUUUUGGGCACUAUUAAUGGCAUCAUUAGAAACCAGUAAUCUGGAUAUUUUGGAGGCUAAAUUUCAAAGAAGAGAGCUAAUAAGGACUUGAGAUUGGGGUUUGUUUUUUUUGAUGGGGAACACAUGUGUAGGACCAAAUCUCUUACAAUCUGUUAGUGCUGCUGUUUGGCGUACCCGGCCGCCGGAGGAAAGGCUGCCGCCACCUUCUAAAGAAGAAGAAAACAGCAGCAAAGGUGAUGAAUCAAAAAAAUCUGAGGAUGAAUCAAAACAAUCUGAGGGUUCUAUGAACGGAUCAGAGAAAGACAAUGCCUCCUCAAUUCAAAGUACCCCACCUGAAACUGUUAAGAUCACCAGUGAAACACCACCUAAAGUGAUGGACCAUGAAAAAUCCAUCAAGCCGGAGAUGAGGGAUGUGGGGAUCAAUAAGCCUGCGGAGGAUCAGAAGCCGAAGAAACCCAAUAAUGUAAAGAGAUGCGCGAGCGCUGGGCUUCAAGCGGGCUCGGUGUUGGGGAGGAAAACCGGAAAUUUGAAGGAGAUAUAUAGCUUGGGGAGGAAGCUUGGACAAGGGCAAUUUGGGACAACGUUUCUCUGUAUUGAGAAGGCAACUGGGAAAGAGCUUGCUUGCAAAUCAAUUGCAAAGAGGAAGUUGACUGCGCAGGAGGAUGUUGAGGAUGUUAGGAGAGAAAUUCAGAUAAUGCACCAUUUGGAGGGUCACCCAAAUGUGAUAAAAAUUUUGGAUGCUUAUGAGGAUGCUGUUGCAGUUCAUGUUGUUAUGGAACUUUGCGCAGGUGGGGAACUUUUCGAUAGAAUAAUUCAGAGGGGACAUUAUACUGAGAGAAAGGCUGCUGAGCUUGCAAGGUUGAUAGUUGGUGUUGUGGAAGCUUGCCACUCUUUAGGUGUUAUGCACCGGGACUUGAAGCCUGAGAAUUUUCUAUUUGUUAGUCAGGAGGAGGAGGCGGCACUUAAAACAAUAGACUUUGGGCUCUCAGUGUUCUUCAGGCCAGGUGAAACAUUCACUGAUGUGGUUGGGAGCCCCUACUAUGUAGCCCCAGAAGUGUUGCGAAAACAUUAUGGUCCAGAGUGUGAUGUUUGGAGUGCUGGGGUCAUCAUUUAUAUUUUAUUAAGUGGUGUUCCCCCUUUCUGGGAUGAAACGGAACAAGGAAUAUUUGAACAGGUUUUAAAAGGUGAACUAGACUUCUUAUCAGAACCAUGGCCUAAUAUAUCUGAAGGUGCAAAAGAUCUUGUCAGAAGAAUGCUUGUGAGGGACCCUAAAAAGCGAAUGACAGCCCAUGAAGUUCUCUGCCACCCUUGGGUUCAGGUAGAUGGUGUUGCCCCUGAUAAACCUCUUGAUUCUGCAGUUCUAAGCCGCUUGAAGCAAUUCUCAGCCAUGAACAAGAUCAAGAAAAUUGCCAUUCGAGUCAUUGCUGAAAGCCUGUCUGAAGAGGAAAUUGCAGGCCUAAAACAAAUGUUCAAGAUGAUAGACGCAGACAAUAGUGGACAUAUUACUCUUGAGGAACUGAAGACAGGUUUGGAAAGGGUGGGAGCUAAUCUCAAGGAUUCUGAAAUCAAUGGGUUGAUGCAAGCAGCAGAUAUUGACAACAGUGGUACCAUAGACUAUGGUGAAUUUAUAGCAGCAAUGCUUCAUCUAAACAAGAUUGACAGGCAGGAUCAUUUAUUUGCAGCCUUCUCAUACUUUGAUAAAGAUGGGAGUGGGUACAUCACUCAAGAUGAGCUCCAACAGGCCUGUAACCAAUAUGGCUUAGGUGAUAUUCACCUGGAAGAUCUAAUACGUGAAGUCGACCAGGAUAAUGAUGGACGCAUUGAUUACAGUGAAUUUGUGGCUAUGAUGCAAGAUACUGGUUGGUCAGAUCGGAGAACCAAAUAACAUAAUAUCUUGGCUUUGAAUACGGCUUCAAGUGUUAGUACCUGACCUGGUAUGCCAACAUAUUAUAGCUUCUAACUAGCAUUUCUGUCAUAAGUUAAACUGAUUUGAGAUGCAUCCAAUUGUAAAGAUCAGGCAGGCUUCAGAAAGCGUGAGAGAGUGAGUGUCCUUUUCAUUUUACUCUUUUCUUGUUGUAUUUACCAUUCAGUUGAUGAUUGAGUAUAUUAAGUUGGAUUAUAUUUCAGUUUUCCAAGUUCA